AUGACGAGCGUCGUCCAGCCGGUUAGCCCUGCACUCGCAGCACCAAACAUGAUAGGGCCCAAGCGCAGCUAUCAUCACCUCCAGCCGAGCAACGCCGCGCCCAACUCCCCGUCCAAGGGCUACGAGACCUUGAGCAAAGGCAAAAAGUCCUGGAGCGUGAGACUCGGGCUGUCUCGAGGCAACUCAUCGUCGUCCAAUUCACGGCAGGAUGUGGGCUCGAUGCGAGGAUACUCGCCCCAGAGGCAGCAUCACUCGCAGCAGCAGCAGCAGCAACAUCAGCAGCAACCCCAGACCUGGGCCACCCUCAGCGGCGGCAGUAUCCUGGCCCAGCAGAUGAUGUACGGCGAGCCCUGGCUCUACGGCACCGUCCGGGGCCCUCCAAGCCAUCUGCAUCAUCAUCAACAACAGCAGCAGCAGCUACUACUGGUCUGCUCCUGUCCCGAGUUCCUUGGGGGUGCCUCCACCAGAGACGUGGGCAGCAACUGCAGAAAAUGCGGUGGGCAUCGAUUGGCAGGCCUCACGAUCGGGGGUACUUGCAGGAUGCCUACCACUACUAUCAGAGCUAGACCGAGCUUGGCAGCUGGGCCCGGUGACAGGCUCGACAGCGUCAUCAAUCAAUCGACCAAUCUGAUUCGCGCGAGGGAUUGGCAAGAGGAUGUGGGGCCGCCACCCCCGAGCAGCCUCGGCAACGACUCGCGCAAGAGCAUCCUAGAGUGCGACGUCAACCCGUACCUACUGCUCAAAGGCCCGAGUCAGUUGCGGAGACGCGAGCAGGAGGAGGAGGAGGACCGGCUGAGCGACGAGUUGUCGGACAACGCCCUCGAGCAGCCGCGAGUCAGCAGCCUCUUCGACCCGAGCAAGGUCAAGUCGAUCGAGCGAAUAGCCCUGAACAGGAGCUGCUCGGUCGCGGCGAUCGGCGGCCAGCGGGUCAGGCUGUUCAACGAGCCGUCGCAUCGGGACGAGUCGAGCCACAGCGAGGAGGACGAUCAGCCGCUCUGCAACACGUCCCACCAGCUGACUCGCAUUCCCAUCCCCAAGAUCUCGCCGAAGCGGCCGCCGCGGAGACUCAAGGAGGCCAGGAACGUCCUCAAGAGCAUCUUGAAGCAGGCCGGCGGCGAUAAGCAGCGUCAGAGUCACAAUCAGCAGUCGCAGCAGAAGCACCAACAGCAGCAGCAUCAGCUGAGCGACGUCAAAAGGAAGAGCGUGUUGUUCAACGUCGACAAUGUAAUACUCGCUCCGGAGAAGCCAUCCGGACCACCUCCUCCGCCGCCUGCACCGCCGUUCUCGAGCUUCUCGAGCUUCUCGCCGGUCAACUCCAGCGACGCCAGAGAACAGGGCACUUGUCCUCAGCGGAAGACGAGCAAAUCGUCGUCGCUACAGACGAGUUCCGACAGAUCCGAGGCUACGACGAGCGAGCUACCGAUCGUAGCCCAAGAAAGUACCAUCGAACGUCCUCAACGUUUCAUCACUAUUCCAAAUAUCAAGAGCCUCAAGCAGCAGCAGCAGCAACUUCCUACCCGACAGCAGCCUCUUCAGCACGAAGCAAAGAUCGUAGCAAAGGUAAAAAGUCCUCCUGAGAUCAAAAUCGACAAGUACGUAUCAUCGAAGAAGCCACAACAGCAACAAGUCCAGGAUCAGCAGCAGCAGCAGCAGCCAAAGAUGAGCCAAGAUGCCGCGUCAAAAGAGCAGCUGGAUAAAAAGCCAAAGUGCGAGAGCGAAGCGAAAUCAUCGGACGUCGAGAAGGCAGAAGAGUCGACAUGGCAGCCAAAGCCCAAGCCGACGAGCGAUCCAACAACGACGACGAAAACGGUGGCGAGCAAGGUCGAGAAUAACUGCGAAAAGGACGAGUCGCAGCGAGCGGGUGAGUGCAUUUAUAAUAUGAAAAAAGUACGAUCGAGCUACGCAGUUGGUGUAAUCUCUUCUGAUCGGCGGUCAUCUCGAUAG